UUAUUUUAUUCAUCCGAUUAUCAGCGCUGGAACUCGGGUCUGUUCAUUGACAGUUCAUUGGUGUACCGUGCAGCCAGAUGGGCUGUGUAUCUGCCCCCCCACCCCUUUUUUUUUCUGUCUUGAUGUUCUCUGUUUUUUUUCCUCCCCAUUAUUUAUGCUUUUCCUGUUUUUCUAUUUGCGUUUUUCUUUUCCUUCUCGGUACUUGCAGGCCCAUGUUGGUGGAGCGUGGGAGAGGAGGUUUCCACGAUGGAGCGUGGGAGAGGCAGGGGGGGGUAUCAUCGGCAUUGCCAGUUGUUCCCGAGAUCUGCUUCGGCAGCGCCUCCUCUCUGGUUGUCAGUUGCGAUGGUGUGCGGUAUGUUGCUGUGCGAGUGGUACCCCGAGAGAAGUGGAUGGUGGGGAAUGGCGCUUGCAGAAACUACCUGGAUGCCUAUCCAGGGGUCUGUUGAUCAGUCGGCUGCGAUCCGGAUAAACUGUGGUGGGAGAGGGUUCACAGAUAGACGGGGGCGAGCCUGGGCGGACGACCGGGGUUUCGAAUGGUGCAGUGCACCAUCCGUCGCUGGAACUCUGCCGGUGGGAAUGUCGAUGAAGCCCGAUGGACCGGACGAUCCAGAUGCGAUCUAUCGGAGCUUCAGAGUGUUUGAUCUGUCAAAGGGUGGAACUGCAGGGUACAGGUUUUUGGUAGAGAGCUCAACCUAUUACCUCGUGAGAGUACGAUUCACUCUGUUCUACUACGAUGCAGGUACUGCACCCUCGUCAUUAGCCGCGGCGAGUGCGGCGAGCAACCUCAGUGGCGGCGGCGGCGGCGUCGGAGAUGGGCGAGUGAUCUCUCUGCCUUCUUUUGGAGUUGCCAUUGAGGGUAUAGAGGUGGUAGACGUGGUCGUGAGCGAGGAACAAGCCGCGGCGGCGGCCGCGGCCGCGGCCGCAGGGAACGCGACCUGGAUCCCAAUCGAGAAGGAGUUUGUGAUCUACAUGCAGAAUCGCGGUCUGAAAAUUUUGUUCCUGCCGGUGUCCACGGCGUCCGCCGCCCCUCCAGCCGCAGCGCUGUCUGCGCUUGCAUCGUCGGGGGAAGGAGGGGAGAGGUCCGUUGCACAGGUCAGCGCCAUCGAGAUCGUGCCGAUUGCCGACCCUCUGGUCGCUGCGCACAUGGACUUCAAGGAGGGCUUCCCGUCGGUCCUGCUCAGGCUGGAGCACAGAGUCAACUGCGGGGGUGAGGACGUGCUGGACACGGGGACGGGCGUCUUCGCCUGGCGCGGCGAUCGCGCGGUGCAGUUCGAUCCUCCCACCAGUGAAGCAGUGAACUUCACGACGACCCUACCCCCUUCCUCCCCAUCGUCGUCCUCCUUAUCUGUGGAGGAUGCGGGUUACCUCGCACAAGCUGUGCGCAGCACGGGCAGAAUCGCUGCUGUCUCCGACGACGCCGCACAGGGUCUGCGGUUCGUUUUGAACGUCGAGGCCACGAAUAUGCGGUCGUUAUCAGGGUUCUGUGUGCACACUUAUCACGACCUCGCUGUGGGUGGCAGCAACAACGUGAGCGCGGCAGACCUAUCCCUCGUUCGAGAAGGCGUGCAGCCCGAGUCGGCCUCCUGGGUCCGAAUCGAUAAAAUGGAGUCAACUGGUGUGGUCGAGGAUUUCUUGACGAUCCUGACCGAAUACCGACUGCAUCGUGGCGGCGACAACAGCAGCUUGUUUCUCCAGACGCGCCAUUGUUUUGCCAAUGUCUAUGUCGAAAAGAAAACGAUCGCUGCGUUGAGGGUCACUUUCCGGUCGAGCGAGGAACUGGGAUCGAUUACCCGCCGUCCUAUGGUCAAUGCCAUCGCCGUCUACUCUCUCUUUGAGAAGUAUAACAGUAGCACUCUGGCCUCCGCCUUCCAGAAAGUCACCCUCACUUUCGGACUUCCUUUUACGUAUCUAGACCCUUGUCUCGAUCCUCAGCUUUAUUUUGUGAAGUGCGGUUUCGUCCAGAAGGAAGGGAUGCUGGCGAUUCGCAUCUUCAACCUCAGCAAUGCAGGCGUGCAGGCCACCAUCCCCCCCGAAAUUGCAGCCUUUGGGUACCUGGAGGAACUUUACAUUGGCUGGAACAAACUGUUUGGACCGAUUCCGACGGCAAUAGGGGAUAAAAUGCAAGAGCUUACCAUCCUCGACCUCCGGAACAACUCGCUGAACGGCUCCAUUCCUCCCUCCCUGUCCCACAUUCCAACACUCCGAUUUCUAUUUCUUGACAACAAUCGCCUCACCGGAGCGAUCCCUAGACACUUCUUCGAGAUCGAUGACCUCAAUUUUAGCUAUGGCGGGAACACAGGCCUCUGCAACCCUUACGAAGACGCUGAGUGCAACGACACCUCGCCUCUAUGGCCGGGAGGUGGGGAGGUGGGACAGGCUUCGGCAAGUGGAAACCUUGGCGGCGUGGAGAAGUCGUUACCGGCAGCUCCAAGUCCUCAGGCGCAGGUGAGCAAGCCGGGCGUCGGCUGGAAGGUGGUGGUCGCCAUUGUGGCGGCAGUGGCAGUGUCUACCAUGGGCUGUUGCGGAGUGGUGCUGUUACUUCAACGAGGAAAUGCAUUUGUCCGUCACACACGGCACAGCCGCCUGGGUAAGCGGCACGACGGACCGCGGUUCUCACCGACACGCGUCGGCAUGUCCGACGCGCUGAUCAGGCCGGGGUUCGGCGGUGAUGGUGCUCCCGCACCGCAGCUGGUGGCGGCGCCACUGCUUCCUCCAAGACUACCUGGUGCUGGUGGGCCCCGCACAGCCGCCGCCGCCCUCUCCUAUCAGCAGUUCUCGGAGGACGAGCUUGCGGUCAUCACGAUGAAUUAUCGGUUCAAAAUCGGAAAGGGUGGCUUCGGCAAUGUGUACAAGGGAUUCCUUCAACCGGGCGGGGGGGCUGUUGCGGUAAAAGUAGCAACCAUGGCAUCUAGUCAGAACGCGGAGGAAUUCCACAAAGAGAUCUCCAUUCUUUCCCGCCUCUAUCAUCGUCAUCUGGUCCAGCUGAUGGGUUGCUGCAGCGAUGGCGGGACACGUGCCAUUAUCUACGAGUUCAUUGUGAACGGAUCGCUGCAUGAUUACCUGCAUGGCGGCGGUCGCGGCGCCAAUGUCGGAGAAGGAAACGGAGAAUCCACCGCCGCCGCGGCUGCCGGCGAUGGCGAUCGUCCAUGCCGACGACCGAGCUUGGACUGGAGCCAUCGACUAAGGAUUUUAAUCGGGACAGCCCGCGCCCUUGAUUACAUUCACACCCAAGUGCAUCCCCCGAUCAUUCAUAGAGAUGUGAAAUCGUCUAAUAUCCUUCUGGACGACGAUUACGAGGCAAAGCUCACGGACUUCGGGAUAUCAAUGGAGAUGGCAUCGACCGACAAAACACAUGUCACCGCUGAGCUGGUGCAGGGCACGUCAGGCUACGCGGAUCCGGAGUACUGCACGUCUGGCAAGGUCUCGGAGCGAGUGGAUGUUUACAGCUUUGGUGUCGUCUUAUUGGAGGUGAUCAUGGGUAAGGAGCCACGGAGCAAGUCCAUGAACAUGGAAUGCGAUCUGGUGGAGAAAGCGCGCAAAGCAAUCUCCUCCGUCGAUGAAGUCGUUAAGCUGGUUGAUCCACGCUUGUCGCAGUGCGCGUCAAGUAGCACCUACAAGGCAGAAACCCUCUUGGAACUCGUUCGCCUCGCGGUGUGGUGUUGCCAUCAGUCCACCAAACAGCGGCCAUCGAUGAGUUUAGUCUGCCAUACCUUGCAAGAUCUGUUCGAGUCGGAAGCAGGAGGCCUAGGAGGAAUAGGAGGAGAAACACGGACCACGAGAAGCGGGUUUGCAGGGAAAAGGGUGCCAAUGGCAAUAUUGCGAGGAGACAUUUUAGUGCCAGCGUGAUGGGUGGUUUACUCUCUGUCUCUGUCUCUGUCUCUGAGAGUAUACCGCCCUUCGCGUCUUUUCGAUUAGCAUGGUCAAUUCAGUCCUUUGGUGGCGCAUGUCAUUGAAAUCGAGUCCACCAGAGAACGCGUCAUUGAGUCUGUCAAGCUGGGGAUUGGUUCUUUUCCGGCUCAUUGAAAACACUGCUUGGCAGAGUCGAUUUCAAUGAGCAGGAAAAGAACCAAUCCCCAGCCUUUUCUCCCUUGGAAGAAACGAGUGGGAGAACGCUUCUCCUCUGUAACCGGUGAGGGGCAAAAGCUUUCAUGCUGGUCAGCUGAAGCGGGUCCUGGGGGAGGGGGAGGGCGGCGGGCCAGGAAGGAUAAGCAAGCCCAGGAAGGAAGGAAGGAUGGAUGGAUGGUUGCAUUUCAAUAGCUAAGAGGUGGACAGAUUACGUUUGGUGGUCCUUUCCAGCCUGGCACUGGACGGUAUCUGGGGGUAGUGGAACGCGGGUGCAUCCUUCACGCUCAUUGAGAGUGCGUUGCUUCACGUACUUGAUCUCAAUGAGCGGGAAAAGAACCAAUCCCGAGACGUUUCUCUCUUCGAAGGAACCAAUGGGCGAACAAACGCGUCUCUUCUGU